ACGCAAAUAUAUCUUCUAAGUUAACGCGCGGCCGGAGUGGUGUUACGAGGGUGCGUGGUGCGUCGUGUGGCGUGCGGGUGUCGCGAGCGUGUCCGGGCGCGUCCGGGUGAUCCCGCCGGGAUUCACGUCGGGCCGGGUGUACGGUGCUAAAAGAGGGAAAGAAAAAAAAGACGAGCCUCCUCCUCCUCCGUGAGCCGAGUGAGGACGAAAGAGAGAGAGAGAAAGAGAGAGAACGAACGAACGAACGAACGGGUUGUACGAGGAGAGGCUUCGAGGGAGUGCCGUCGCGAAUCCUGUCCGCUCGGAAUCACCGCACGGUGAGGCGCGCUCUGAGAACACCGCGCGCGAUCGGCUCGGCUCCGCUCCGCUCCGCGCUUCCGUCGUCGUCGGUACGUACUCAUUCGUUCCAAUUCGUUCGUGCGCGCGAGCAAUUCGCGCUCAGUCUACGUCCACGUCGUCAUCGUUAUCUUGGUCGCCGCCGCCGUCGCCGUCACUGCGGAGCCGAGUGGCGCGAUCCCCGUGCGACGGAUCUCUUGGAAUGCUCUCGAGCUCUACCUGACACUACGUAGCCGUUUAGUCCACGCAGAGGGUGUAAUGAGUGACAGGCGCGAUUGAGAAAAGGGACACACGCACACACCCGCCUCCCUCCCUCCUCCUCCGAGGUAGCAAUGCUCUCGUCCUCGUAGGGGAGGCGCACUCGGCAACCGCUGGAUUUUUAGGGGGUCAUCCGAGGUGACUGCUGCAUGUCUUCUGGCGCCGAUCCGCGCGCUCGUCCUCGUGGAUCUCUAUGUUUCGGAGAAAUACACGAAAGGAGACGCUGAAAGAAAGACUAAAAACAUGGGAUGCAACGUGGGCCGAUGCCUCGGUCCACGCAAUACGAGGUAUCCUGGAUCAGGAUUCAUGGCAGCCAUUAGGAAGAAGUUGGUUAUUGUGGGCGACGGUGCUUGCGGUAAAACAUGUCUACUCAUAGUGUUCAGCAAAGACCAGUUUCCUGAGGUGUAUGUGCCCACAGUAUUCGAGAACUAUGUCGCUGACAUUGAGGUGGAUGGCAAACAGGUGGAAUUGGCUCUUUGGGACACAGCUGGACAAGAAGACUAUGAUAGGUUGCGUCCGUUAUCGUACCCGGAUACGGACGUUAUUUUGAUGUGCUUCUCUAUUGACAGUCCCGAUUCCUUGGAGAACAUUCCCGAGAAGUGGACACCCGAGGUGAAGCACUUCUGUCCAAACGUUCCCAUUAUUCUUGUGGGAAAUAAAAAAGACUUGCGCAAUGAUCCUAAUACCAUCAAGGAACUGAGCAAGAUGAAACAGGAGCCGGUUAAGCCCGAGGAAGGUAGGGCUAUGGCGGAAAAAAUUAACGCGUUUGCCUACCUUGAAUGUUCCGCCAAAAGCAAGGAAGGUGUGAGGGAAGUGUUCGAAACGGCAACCCGAGCUGCAUUACAAGUAAAGAAGAAGAAGAGAGGAAGAUGUAGGCUUCUUUAAAAUGUUAUGACAAAACUGAAGAAAGCAAAAAAAAAGAAGAGAAGCUGGAGAGAAAAAGAGAGAGAGAGAGAGAGAGAGAGAGACGAAAAAGCGAGAAAAGGGAUAAAUAGCGAUAAAAAAGGAGAUAUAUAUUAAGCAAUUAAGUGUGCUUGAGUUAAUGAGUGCUUUGGAAAACACGUGUCGAAUACACGUUCUGCUCCUCUGUGCAGGUCGCGCGUCGCUGCGAAGCUCGAAAGUGUUCUUUUUAUAAUGAGUUUCGUGAAUAUAUACCGUUAUAUAUAUAUAUAAAAAAAAAUAUAUAUAUAUAUAUAUAGAUAUACAUAAUUAUAUAAUAUUAUAUCAAUUACGCACCUGAGAUAUUGUAUAUACAUACAUGAUAUCAACUCUACCAUUCUCGCGUAUUACGAUAAACGUACGCACGUCGAUCGAGAUUCGAGUACCGUUUUCCAGAACACACACACACACACACACACACACACACACAACAACACACAUACAGACACACACACACACACAACAAACACACAUACAGACACACACACACGCGCGCGCGCGCGACAUACAAUGAACACAUACGCACGCACACAUAUUACACAUAAAUACUUCCGUCGUAUGGUAUGAGUAGAAAAAGAUAGAGAGCAAUAAGCAAAAAUUAACUUUAUUGUAUCUUGGAAAACUUGGGCCUUCUGAUAUUAACAUGGAAUUGAUCAACGCGAAUUCAAUAUGAAUAAGCCGUCCUUUUCGACGAGCUGGACGCCGAGUAAAGAGAAAAUGCAUGUAUUUCGUAUGGCCGCACAAAUAAUACAUACACACACAUAGGAACACAAAGUACUUUUUCUUAAAAAAAGGCUCCGUAAAUCUCGAGUUUUAUCGACAAACGUGGUCUUAUAUAAUUGCCAUAAGCUAAUUACCUUUUUCACAAGUAGACGAGAUAUUUUGAGACUCGUGUUUAACUGAUUUGUACGCAAAAAAAAACAACAAAAAACCUAAGAAAAAGUAGUACCAGCAAUUUUUCUCGAUGUGUGUGUGUGAAUAAAUCCGAUUUUUAUGAUCACAGGAAAAACAUCCAAAAUCUUUCUACCGGGCUCACACAAAACCCUUUUCUGCAAAACUACUAAUUAGCUUUUGUAUGUAAGACUGUAUGAUUAACCUACGAACGCUAUGAUAACAAAUUGUAACUAACAAUAAACAUUUCUUAUGAUGAUAUAA